AUGCCGCUGGGUUUGAAACCAUGUUGCGCUGUCUGCAAAACAAACUCAUCGUCUAUGUGGAAAAAGGGAAACCAAGGAGAGAUCCUGUGCAAUAACUGCACGGGGAGGAGCAUCAGCAGUGGAGCAUCUGGACCCUCUGCGUCCUCCAACACACAGCAGAAUAAUGGCGGGGGAAAGCAGGUUUGUUGUCGUUUUGAGCACAUAUAAAAUAUACAUAGGCCUGCACUGUAGUGUACUGUACUGUACUGUACUGUGCUCCCCUUAGUGGCUGUACCUCCAUACUGUUCUACUUCCAAGGCAAAGCAGAGAUCAAUCAUAUAGGCAUGUAUGAUCCACAUUGUCAUCCUGAUGAAGAUGUAAUAUUGGUAUUUGACACAUCUUGCCCACAGUCUAAACAAGAAAUCCACAGGAGAUCAGCACGGUUGAGGAGCACCAAGUACAAAACCCCUGCUGCUGAAAAAAAGGUCUCUACCAAAGGAAAAGGAAGAAGACACAUCUUCAAACUAAAAAAUGUAAGUACCAUUGGUUCAAUACACAGGAACUCUGAUAUCUUUAUGUUGGAUUGUCAGAAGUCAAACAGUUGUUCUAAUCGAAGCUCCUCAAAAUGGGAUUUCUUCCACAGCCAAUCAAAGCACCAGAAUCUGUUUCCACAAUCAUCACAUCAGAAUCAGUCUUUUAUAAGGUACAGUAUGUUUACUUUUUAAAAAUCCUUCAGUACAGUAUGUUAGCAAACAUAUCUGUUGGAUAAUGUAUAUACAAUGUGUAUAACUGUCAGCAAUAGUUGUCUUCUUUUGUCAAUGUGCAGGGUGUGUAUUAUCAGAUAGGAGAUGUCAUCAAAGUGACAGACGAGGAUGAUGGGAGGCCGUACUAUGCACAGAUCAGAGGUUUUAUCCAGGACCAGUACUGUGAGAAGAGUGCAGCCUUGACUUGGUUGAUUCCAACCCAGGCCAGUCCUAAGGACCUGUUUGAUCCUGCCACUUACAUUGUUGGUGAGUGAUGAUUGAAUUUGAGUAUUUAGGUCACAUUUUUUAAAGUUACAUUUGAGCACACAGAAAUAAGUUAUUUGUCUCUUUUUGAACAUUGUGUAUAUGGGAGGAAUGUCACAGUAGACUCAAAGACCAAAACUAGCCGAUAAUGUUUCUGUUACUGAUUAUCUGAAUAUUCUGAUUGCUUCUAUAGGUCCAGAGGAGGAUCUUCCCAGGAAGAUGGAGUACCUGGAGUUUGUGUGCCACGCCCCCUCGGAGUACUUCAAGUCCAGGAGCUGUCCUUUCCCCACCAUUCCUAUCCGUCCAGAGAAAGGCUACAUCUGGACCCAUAUUGGACCCACGUCAGCCAUCGCUAUCAAAUAA